AUGUCAAACAACCGCUUUUCCGACGGUUGUCGCCGAAAAGGUGGCCCGACUGGGUUCAGUUCUACCGGCAGAAAGACAGCUCUCGGAUACUGGCUUCCCCUUGCUAUUACCGUUGGCGUUGCGACUGUCAGCCUUGCUGCUUGGGUAUGGAGUGAGCGACGGGACGAUGACGAGGAUGACGAAGAUUACUAUGGGGACGACAAGCGUCCAACUGGAUCUGAACAUGGGCCUGAAUUUGGCCAACCCCAAGGUGGACCUUCAAGAGCUACGGGAGUGUAUGACGGAGCUCAACCUGAAGACGCUAGCGUAAUAUCGCGACUUCAAGGCGCUUUGCGAGGAACACCGAGUCCGCAGCAACUAUUCGACGGUGCUAGUAGAAGAGUUGCGGCGGGAGUGGCUGCUGCUGGAGCUGUAGUUGGAGGCGCGUUGGGUGCGAUUCUUGAAGCGCGUUCGGGCGAUUACGAAGACCAUUCUCUAUGGACUGAAGAGGCUAAUUCUAGAGGCGUGUUCGCUACUGCAGGAUCUCCGCCUAUGUCGGGCGCGUUACCUCCAGCUGUACUUUCGGCGAAACAGGCAGUUCCCACAAAGUGCAGAAAAACAGUGGCUAUCGUGGUGUCCUCGGUUGGUGCGCCUGGGGAGCAGGAAGGUGUCGGGGGACAAAUAUCACAACAUGCAUCGAUCCUGUCCCAUCUACACGAAUACGCGGAUCCCGAUACUGCACAAAUCUUUGUCUUGAUAUACGCCCCCGGUUUGGAACCCCGUUCAACCUCCUUCAAAGUCUCCCCCCGCCCCACACCAUCUCUUUCUUCUUCCUAUGCCAACAUUGGCCAUGAUGGGGCUUCAGCGGAAAAUUCUCAGGAUGCCUCUGUCCUGGAAGCUGUUGAACCUUGCCCGGCUGGAUAUGAGUUCGAGUCCGCAUCACCACUUUUCAAAGCCCUCAGUAACCAGGCCCAAGCACUAGUAGACAAAGAGACAAUGAUUAUGCCAUUCAGCACACCAAUGGGCCACGUUCAUAUUCUCCGACACCUGUCUCCAGACGUUGUCUAUAUCCAAGAAAGCCUGACUGGAAAUGACGGCGAGGCGGUCAACCAGAUCAUUGGAUGGGUUCGACAGGUUGUUAUUAUUGUUGGCACCGAUGGCGGGCUUGGUAGCUUGGUAGAUAGUGAUGAUGAGUCGGCGCUUGCUGACAAGGGCGAGAAAUGGUGGCAGAAAGAAGGGGUUACUGGCUUGGGCAAACGGAUUGAUGUGGUGGACGGAUUGAGAACAGGGGAAGAUUGGAGACGGCGGGUCUCUGGCCAUGAUUGA